GGUCAGCUGCUGGUCGGCGUGCUCGUCGUGAUGGUGUUUGUUGUUGGUGACUUAUGUGCCUGGCAGGAAAACGUUCGACCGAAGCUCUACGUCUCGCUAGCCGACAAGGAGUACCUGAGGUUCCAGGGGAAUGAAUCAACGAGCGACUACUUCAAGCUGGUGCUGCGCGAUCCGAACUCCAACAGUCUGCUUGUGGGCGCGAGAAACAUUGUCUACAAUCUCAGCAUUUACGACCUCGGCGAGCUGACGCGGCUCUCGUGGUACUCCUCCGACGACGACAUCAAGAUGUGCAUCGUGAAGGGCAAGGACGAGGACGUCUGUCAAAACUACAUCCGAGUGCUGGCGGUCCCAUCGCAAGGGGCCCUGAUGAGCUGCGGGACGAACGCGUUCCGGCCGCUCUGCCGGAUAUACUCCAUCAAUGGCAACAACUACACGGUGGAGACGGAAAAACCGGGCCAGGCAAUGUGCCCCUACGAUCCGACGCACAACUCGACGGCCGUGUUCGUGGAUAACGAACUCUACUCGGGAACCGUGGCCGAUUUCAGCGGGCUGGACCCCAUCAUCUAUCGGGAGCAUCUGCAAACGGAACAGCACGACAGCCUCAGUUUGAACGCGCCCAACUUCGUCGGCUCGUUCACCCAGGGCGACUUCGUGUACUUCUUCUUCCGCGAGACAGCCGUCGAGUUCAUCAACUGUGGCAAGUCCAUAUUUAGUCGGGUGGCGCGCGUCUGCAAGUGGGAUAAAGGUGGUCCGAGCCGGCUGAAGAAUCGAUGGACAUCCUACCUGAAGUCGCGCCUUAACUGCUCCAUGCCCGGGGACUUCCCGUUCUAUUUCGACGAAAUUCAAUCCACCAGCAAUCUCGUCGAAGGGCGGUACGGGCAUGCCAACUCGAAGCUGAUCUACGGCGUGUUCUCCACAUCGCCCAACGCCAUUGCAGGCUCAGCGAUUUGUGCAUUUUCACUGCAGGAUAUCUCCGAUACGUUCGAGGGCAACUUUAAGGAGCAAAGCGGACUGAACUCGAACUGGCUGCCGGUUAACCCGCUCAAUGUACCGGAUCCGAGGCCCGGCUCCUGCCACAACGACUCCCGGACGCUGCCCGAUCUGACGCUCAACUUCAAAAAGACCCAUUCGCUAAUGGACGAGACCGUGCCCGCAUUUUUCGGAUCACCUCUCCUGACGCGUGUCAGUACGAUGUAUCGGUUCACCACCAUCGCCGUUGAUCCGCAAAUAAAAACGCCCGGCGGCAAGACGUACGACGUCGUUUUCGUUGGCACAGAUCACGGCAAAAUCCUGAAAACGGUCAACGCAGAGUCGGCCGACUCGAACAAGAAAGUUACGACGGUGGUCAUCGAGGAAAUCGAUGCACUGCAGACGAACGAGCCGAUCCGGACGCUGGAAAUCGUCCGCACCAUGCAGUACGACACGGCAAAGGACGGAAGUUAUGAUGACGGAAAAUUAAUUAUAGUCACCGAUACGACCGUGCUGGCGAUUAAAUUACACCGCUGCAGCAGCGAGAAGAUAACAAGCUGCAGCGAGUGCGUGGCACUGCAGGACCCGUACUGCGCCUGGGACAAAAUCGGAGGCAAGUGCCGGUCACACGGCGCCCCCCGGUGGUCGGAGGAGAACAUGUUCUACCAGAGUGUGGCCACCGGCGACCACGCAGCGUGUCCGUCGGGCAAGAUGGCAAAGGAUCCCGGAAGCCCGGUCGAACGGCAAGGAUACCGAGGAGGAGAUUUCGAGUACGAUCCGCAACGACCGUACCGUGAUCAGCCGGCCGAUAAGAUUCAGUUCAACUCGGAAAACUAUAACGACAAGGGGCCCCAGAUUACGCCCGAUCUGAUAAACGCCCAGUACACGGUGGAGACGCUCGUGAUGGCCGUGCUGGCCGGGGCCAUAUUUGCGCUGCUAGUCGGCUUCAUCACCGGCUACUUCUGUGGCCGCCGGUGCCACAAAGACGAGGACGACAAUCUGCCCUAUCCGGACACCGAGUACGAAUACUUCGAACAGCGUCAGAAUGUUAAUCGAAUACAAGCCGAACCGAAGCUGCUGCCGCAGGUCGAAGAAGUGACGUACGCCGAGCCGGUGCUAUUACCUCAACCGUCUAGUCAGAACAAGAUGCAGCAUUCGCCAAAAAAUACGCUAAGAAAGCCGAUGGGCCACCACCACGGCGUCAACUCGGAAACCCUGUUCCAGUUCCAGCCGGACAGCUACAACAACGCGCGGGAUAAUUAUCGAGGCCGGGACAACUUCGGCACGCUACGAUCGCACCAGGGUGAUAAUUAUCGUCGCGGUGACGGAUUUUCAACGACAAGAAGUGUCAAAAAAGUCCUUAACUCAAACACUCGUAACAGAAGUCUCGGUCGCAUGAAACGGCAGCCGCCCCGACAUGGCAUGGUAACUCAACACCGUUCCGACAGUCCGCACCAUUCCAGCUCCGGUUCUUCCCCUGUCAUGUCCAACAGCAGCUCGAGUCCUGCGCCUCCAUCCAGCAGUCCCAGCCCGCAGGAGAGCCCCAAGAACUGCAGCUACAUCUACCGGGAUUGAUUAAGAAACAGGCCCCAGCAGCAGCAGCAACAGCAACAGCAGCAACAACACCCCGCUACGAGCGCAUCUUAUCCGGCGCUCGUCGACCGUG